AUGGAUGAACAACCCGACGAUGACGGUUGGUUCAACAUCCAGCUCAAUCCCGCCGACAUUUCCCAACCCAACAGUGAACAAGACAGCCUCGAAAACCAACUCAGUCAAUUCAUCAACGACGUCACGACAAUGAAUGAUGUGGGAAACACAUCAGAACCAGAAAGCGAGAAAGGAGAAUCAGAAAGUCCCGACCGCCGAGGAGUUGUGGUUCUGAAAUACAAAUCACAACGAGCGGUACGGAUCCGAUCAUCACCGCCAACGCUAACCACCGACGCACCAACGGUCGAGGAUCCAAACGAUGAAAUAUGGCACGAGACCAGUGAGCGAAGCGAUGAUGAUUAG